AUGUUCAAAGGGCUAAAUCCAGCAAUUGAAUUCGAAGAAACAAACGAUAGAACGCGUUCAGCAGUGAUUUGCAAGGUCAUAGUGAAUUCGAUUACCCACAAAUAUCGAAUUAAAACCAACCACAACGCCGGAGAAAGUGGCCAAGGUAAUGUUGUUUUUUUCAAAUUUUAUUUUCAAAUUUGAUUCUGUUUCAGCCAGCCGUUGGAACCUCGAUCUCAUCGAGCUUUAUGUUUAUAAACUUCUCGAGUCUAUCGGAUUGGGUCCUAAAAUUGUGUUCAUUCCGAAUUGUGUUGCAUCCACAUCAAUAUUAUAUAUUGGAAGCGAGUGGUUGGCCCAUUUUCAAUCCUUCAACUCGACUGAACAAGGUUAGUUUGGUAUAAUCCGACGUUACCAACAUGUUUGAUUUUCAGCAUAAAAGUAUAAUCAUUCGAUCCGUCUCGUCGAGAUACGUACGAAUAUCAUAAAAUUAUUUGGCGCUGACCACUAAGAAAAAUUUUAAGAUGAACUUUAUUAGUUUUUCAAUCAAGUAAUUAUUUUUGAGGAAUAGAAGUUUUUGCUUUUUUUCUUUUAAUGAUUUACUUAAGAAAAUAGGCUUAGUUUUUAAGGCUUCACACGGAGGCGGAGCGCGCAUAGCGCGAAGCCGACUGUGGCUCGCUUCGAAAAAAAACUGAGCCACAGUGAAAAAUUCGUCAAAUAAAUGAAAUAGCUGACAUAAAAAAAGCAUGUAGUUUCAAAACGUGGACACCAAAAAAACACUAUUAGGUAGCUCUAAACGAUUUGCAAACUUGAUACGCGUAGUAAAAAAUCUGUAAACAUUUUUCCUUUCUUUUUUUGCAUUGUUUUUUUCGAAUAAUUUUCAAAUUUUUUCCUAUUUUAAAAGAUUUUUUCUUCUCAUGGCGUAGUAGCGAUAGUUGAAUUGAAUCAGCGUCGAGAAAUGCAGUAAAAUUUUUUUGAAAUUUUUUUGAAAUUUUUUUCUGGCUUUUUGCACACCAUAAAGUUAUUUCUUCUUACUAGCGCCAAAUAAUUUUUAUGAUAUUCGUACGUAUCUCGACGAGACGGAUCGAAUGGUUAUACUUUCAUGCUGAAAAUCAAACAUGUUGGUAACGUCGGAUUAUUCCGUUAGUUUUUCAACAGUAUUUCGAUGUACGUAAUGCCAUUUUUUUAGUUACCACGACUGAAGUCUCGCAUGCUGUCGUUCAAAUCCAUUUCUUGGCCGUUUUCCUCUCACUUGGCGACAUGCACGAAGAAAAUUUCGGAAUCAAUGCAAGCUCAGAUCCAAUAAUAUUGGAUUUCAUGAUGUCUUUUUAUGGGGUCCCCAAGCAAAAAUUCUUACACGAAAACAAUAUAAUUCGUUCAAUCAGAGCACGCAAUAUAUUAGAAAAUUGUGAUUCUACUGUUAGACUUCAAAUUGCUAAAGAUGCUAUUCGGAAUUGGAAUCUUAUGGACAAGUUGUGUGAGGUUCUAGAAUUGAUGAACAAAGAAAAGGAGAAUUUCGGCAGAAACAAGUUGGAUUUUGACAAGAAGACACGGGAUUUGGAGGAGUUUGUCGAAAACGUGAGAUUAAAUAUCCAGGAUCUGUAUCAUUCGAAACUGUAG